ACACGCACAUCCUCCCAUGGAUUGGGAGCAUCUAUGUACGGGGAUGCUCCUAAUGCACGAUGGAUGUGCCUGUGAGGCGCCCAUUUGUGAGUGAACCCAAUCACGCUGGCCCGUACCUUCUCUGGUAAUGAACGAGUGAACCCAACAACAACGACGAACACGAUGAAUAUGAUGUAAAUGAAGACGAUAUAGUGAUACACAAGCCCAUGAAAGCCAGAUUUGCUUAGCAUGAACAGGGCUCCACGAUCUCUGGAGUGGGCCCUUCUUAAUCUCAUUGAUAGAUGUAACUGUCUAAAAUCGUUCAACCAAAUUCAUUCACAACUAGUCACCUCUGGCAUCAUCCAAGAUGGAAACGUCCUAGUACUCGGCAAGAGCAUUGCAUUCUUUGCAAGUUAUGCUGAUUUCGAGUAUGCCUGCGAGUUCCUGAAUCAAAUUCACUACCACCGGAGCUCUUUCGCUUUUAAUUCAUUGGUGUCAGCUUAUGCCGUAAGCAAUAAGCCACAGGCGGCAAUUCUGGUGUAUAGAAAGAUUGUACGAAAUGGGUUUUUGCCUGAUAUGUAUACUUUCCCCGUGGUUCUGAAAUCCUGCUCCAAGGUUUUGGGGAUUGUUGAGGGUAAGCAGGUUCAUGGGGUCGUUGCUAAGAUGGGUUUUCUAAGUGAUCUAUACGUCCAGAAUUCGCUUCUGCAUUUCUAUGGACUUUGUGGUGAAUACCAUUGUGCGAGCAAAUUGUUUGAUGGAAUGCCCGUUAGAGAUGUUGUCUCCUGGACUGCUUUGAUUUCUGGGUAUGUGAGGACAGGGCUUUGUGGUGAUGCACUGGCUUUGUUUUCGAGGAUGGAUGUGAAGCCGAACAUGGCGACUCUAGUUAGUGUUUUUGUUGCUUGUGGGCAGCUGGGUGAUCUGGGUAUGGGUAUGGCAAUCCAUGGGUUGAUUGUCAGAGGUGAAUUUGAAAUGCCUUUGGUAGUUGGAAAUGCUCUUCUGGAUAUGUAUGCAAAGUGUGGUCGUCUGGGGGAUGCAAAGAAAGUAUUUGAGGAGAUUCCUGAAAGAGAUAUUUUUUCUUGGACAAGUCUGAUAAGCGGAUUAGUCCAAUGGCAGUGCCCCAAGGAGGCAUUGGAGGUCUUUCGUGCAAUGCAAAUGUCAGGUGUCGAACCUGAUAAGGUUACCAUAUCUAGUGUGCUCACUGCCUGUGCAGGUCUAGGAGCAUUGGAUUUUGGAAAAUGGGUCCAUGAGUACAAUGAACGUAAGGGCAUUGAAUGUGAUACUCAUGUUGGAACUGCGAUGAUUGACAUGUAUGCAAAGUGUGGGUGUAUGGAUAUGGCAUUGCACAUCUUUCAUAAGAUGCAGCAUAGAAAUGUCUCUACAUGGAAUGCAUUGCUGGGUGGCUUAGCCAUGCAUGGUCAUGGCAAGGAGGUGCUCAAAUAUUUUGAGCAAAUGGUUCGUAUCAAAGUGAGGCCUAAUGAAGUGACAUUUCUAGCCAUUCUUACUGCCUGUUGUCAUUCUGGCUUAGUUGAUGAAGGCCGCAAAUUCUUUUAUCAAAUGAUUGGUGGGGACUACAACAUCGCACCAAGGAUAGAACACUAUGGAUGUAUGGUUGAUUUGCUUGGUCGAGCAGGACUCUUGAAUGAAGCGCAGGAACUCAUCAGGACUAUGCCAAUGCCACCUGAUGUACUCAUAUGGGGAGCUCUCCUUAGUGGUUGCAAGGCCCAUGGAGAAAUUGAGCUUUCCCAAAAGAUCUUAAACAACCUACUUGAUCUUGAAUCCAAAGAUAGUGGUGUCUACGUUCUUCUCUCCAACAUAUAUGCAACAAAUGAUAGAUGGAAACAUGUAACUGGAAUAAGGAAACUGAUGGAGGAGAAAGGUAUUAGAAAGGCCCCUGGCUCAAGUAUCAUAGAGGUAGAUGGUAAGAGUCAUGAAUUUUUAGUUGGAGACAGUGACCACCCUCAGAAAGAGGCAAUUCAUCUUGUAUUAAACAUGCUAGCAAAGCAUAUCUUGAAGGACAGGCUUUGGAGUUCAAACUCUGAUGUUUUACAGCAAGACUAUUUCGUUUAGAUGGACUAAAAGGUCUUAACUGUGGUUGAAAUUUUCUGUCUCAUGUUUUAUCCUCACAAGUCAUGUUUAUAUCUUUUGCUCUUAGCUUAGAAAUCUAACCUAAAAUUAUAUAUUAAAGCAACAUGGAUAUAGCAUUGUUUCUUGAUUUAGUGGCGAAAAAAGAUGUAAAUGAAAAUGAAUAUUAAGAACUCAGAGGUAGUAGUGACGAUAUGGAGAAGAUGAUCAUGUCCCAAUAUCCAAUAGUGCCUUAAGCAGAUUUUGUUCAUUAUAGGAGACAAGCAAGCAGUUGUCAUUGGGUAUAGAACCCUCUUUUUUAAUAAGUUUUUUAUUAUUUAUAUGGGUAAUUAGGCAGUGAAUGCGUGUUUCGCUAUUGUGUUUGUUGUUCAGUGUGAUUUUUCCCCAUAACUAUAGCAAAUCUUGUGAACGGUAAACCUUAAAAUUUCAUAUAGUCUGGCUGAUUAAGGUAGCUCAUUGUAG